AUGCCAAUCAUUCAACUUGAACCACACAUGUUCACCAGCCUGCCCCAUCAUCUAGAUCUUCCAGGAGAAGCCAACACCAUUGACCUACAGGGGUUCAUUCGCGCGACCCUGGAGGAAGCUCGGCCUCUUCUAAACAACUUCCCAUCAUCAUUAAAAGCAGACCGCAAGCUUCGCUCUUCUCCCCCCUCCAAAGCAAAAGUAAAAGUCUCACAGGGAUGGCGAACUCUCCCAGCCUUCGAGCAAGGCUCGCUGCCCAAAAGAGAGUUCUGGGUAUGUCGCCAAAGCGAGCACCAAGACUCGAACCAUGAGGAUGGGACAGUCUCCUGGUGGGAAUUCCACGAUGGAUUGCGAAACAACCACGCCGAACACGAGAUGGAGUAUACGCCUAGCGUGUCAAGCGUACAUCAACUACUGACAUGGAGCGAAUCCGAUGAAUGGAAUCCCAACAGAGCGAUCCACAUUGCGGACAGAAGUUACAAUCAGUUCACAGUCGAACUCAACCUCAUAGUCCAUGCAUUCCACCCACAGGCGCUCAUCCGGCCCCGAGCUUUCAUAUCCUGGACCAUGUCAGCAACCUUCAUCGACGCAUAUUCACUAACCAGGGUUGAACAAGACCCCGAAGAAGCCACUCGGGCAGCAGAAGGCUUUAUUACCAUACAGGUCCCAUUCUAUUUGACUAAGCCUGCCGCCCCGGGAACUCGAUAUGAGGGGCUCUAUGCACAAAUCAUGAACGCCGUCCCGCCGCGGACAAUCUUCGCUUCCUAUGCAAGUGUCGAACAGGCUGAGCUUGUCGCUCCUGCUCCACCUGAGUCUACAAAGCCUUCUUCUUCAACUAAUCUGAAUGCACCUGUUACGCUUCCUGGUCGUUACAUCCGGUGGACCAUGGCAACCACUUCUGAAGCAGGUGGGAGCAUCCCAAAGUGGGUUCAGCGGAGUUGGUCCCUUGGCGGAGUGCCGCGGGCUGUUGUUGCUGAUGUGGGGCUGUUCAUCGACUGGACCAUCAAACGGAGAGAAGAGAGGAGACUAGAAGACGAUGCUCAAGUGGAAGAGAUCUAG